CUCCUUACAGAUUUGUCCUCAUUGUAGGGCCUGCUUUGGUGAAGCACAGCGCCCUCUGGUGUCAGAACCUUGGUAUUAUGUUUGGGCUUGUCAGCAUUGAGGAUAAACGAUGAUUACAGGAUGUUAUUGAACUGACAUGACUCACUUAUUACUUAAAAGUGCAAUUUGAGUCUUCUGUUCAUCUAAAUUUGUCACUGAGUUUAAUCUGGGGCUGCAGGAUUGAUCUUUUCCUGCCUCUGCAGGUUUGUGCUGCCGUCUGCAUUUUCUCACAGGUUCCCAUUUAUUGUUUGAGACAUAAAAACUGUCAAGCAAGCACAUUGUGGCUUCUGACUUUGACUUUUACCCAACUUAUUUUCAGUUUAUUUAUGAUGCAUGGUAGACUUUACUACAAGUGGGAGCAAAUAACUGAUUCACACCUACCUAACAGAAAAUUAAUCUGCUUUUUUUUGAGAAACAGAGAGAAAUGUGACGAUGUGUUGGUCCAUGUCCAUGUAAGUUAUCCUCCUCAGACCCAAGCUCUUGGUUUAGAUGCAUUUUAGAUGUGAUGACUUCGAUCUGAUGAGAAUAUAAACUUAUCCUAUUUGAACAGGAAUUUGUUACAUUGUUACAUAAUUGCUGUAGCUUUUUAAAGUAUUUGUGUUUUUAAGACAACACACUUAUUUUUCAGUAUAACACAAUAAUGUCUGUCUCUGUGUUAGCACUGAGCUGAAGUGGACAUAUGAGUAUUGGACUGUUGCUGUAUAUGUUACCCCGGGCCAUCUACUUAGUGCCUUUUGUGGUAUUUCUUACUGUAGCUAUGGUAAUGUUACACAGCUCAGCUGCAAACCCUACCUCAGUGACUGUUUCACCCCUUAAUUGAUGGCUUUAAAUUGUCUGGCAAAACUGAGGUGCUUGUGUUCGACUCUGUUUGCGGUCGGUCAACGCAUUGGCCAGAAACAUCAAAUCCUCAGCUAAUCUUGGAAUUAUUUUCCUGUCUUCAAGCUCAUUCUUGUCAAGCUCAGUCUUUACUGUCACUCAGUAAAAAACCAGGCUCCUGCCUAAAUACGCAAAGCUGCUAAGGCCUUAUUCCAACCGUCGGCCUCUCUUGUUUAACUCUUUCACGCUCUUAUUUUAAAUCCAGAGGCGACUACACUUUGGAAGUUGUGGGGCUUAAACUUUGGAAAAGCCUUCCUCUUUAUAUCAGUUUGGCUGAAUCAAUGUUUUGUUUAAAACGACUGCUGAGAACUAGUUUUUCACAGGUUACCAUUUCCUUAAAUCCUUGGCCUGUUACGUUUGGCUAAGUAAUCACUUAUGCUUGAAUCGUGUUUAUGUACUACUAUAUGUUGGGGUGGUAAAUACAUGUUUUUUGACAGACUUUAAAGCUAUUUGUAAAUGUGUGUUUAAAAAGUAAAAAUGAGGAUAGUUAUUGUUAUUCUCCCCGCUUUUUAUUUUAUUUUUAUCGUUUUUAUUCAGAAACCCCUAGGCUUUUCUUAUAUCAUUUUAUAUAACAGUAAAAAUAAACUACUAUAAUUUGUCAAACACUAAUACUAUACUAUACACUAUAUUCGUGUUUAUUAACCAGUUUCAUUUUUUGUUUAAAAAAAUAUUUACAUCUAUCAGACGGGAGUUUCUGCUGUAUCUUACUUUGCUGGCAACUUUUGCCACAUAAAGCAUGUGUGAUCAGUGAGGCCCGUGACUGGGUCGUGUAAAGCUGAGGCUUCCAUGGUUUUCACGAUGAUGUUGAGCUGAGCUCCCAGUAGUCCGCAUGCCCUUCUUUCCUGCCAAUGCGCCUCUGCUAUUGGCUGCUGGGCCUCUCGUUCCAUUUCUGAUUGGCUGAAUUUCUUGCUGCAUUCACUGCCCAUGUGUGCUUCAUGUGAACGCCUAAAACUUGUUUUUCACUUAGCGUCUUCGAAUCGUACGUACGUAGUUCACGAGUCAUUACGGUAACUUGUAAACAGUCGCGUUUUCGUGGAUUUUUAUUUUUAUUUAUUCAUUUAUUUAUUUUACAGAUGGUGGAUGCUUGUGAUAUUUUCAACACAAGACGCUAAGAAAAAUGCUUCACAAGACUUUAAAACACAAAAUGGUCAAUAAAAGCAUUGAACUUUAUAUGACCCUGGAGUGAAUUGAGUAUUUGCUUGAUUGAGUAUUAUUUGGGUAAACAUUAUAAUGUCUUUGGAGUAUUUUGUCUGUUAUUAACACAAUUGCAUUUGAAUUCUUCAAACUCAGUUGGGGCUUUUAAUCAGACUUCCAUACGUAAAAUCAUGGUGGGAGUUUUUAUGUAAGCACCUGGGAUAAUUCUGUCACGUGAAAUAUGUAAAUACAUUAAUUCACGCUAACAUGGGGGAAAAGACGACUGAAGUAUCGUUACAACCUGUACCGGGACAUUUUGUUUUCUUCCCUCCCUCGCUUUCCGUUGCGCUCAGUAUCCAGUCCUUACGGUAAUGGGGAAACUGCUGUUCCUCAGCUGAUAUAUAACAUCUACCCCCCUGCAGAAUUUCAGUGCCAGGCUGAAGCCCACCGCCUCAGUUUGUUUUCAGGAGGGUAACGUAAAUGACCCAACAACCAGGAUGAUAGACAAUCAAGAGUUUAUGGUGGAGGGUUACCCGCGGGAGCUCACCCAGAACCCGCUCAGGAAGAUCUGGAUGCCGUGCAAAAACGGCCACAUCGCUCAUAGACGUGUGUGCAUGACAAACUGCCCGACCCUCAUUGUGACAGUUGGACUUCCAGCCCGAGGGAAAACCUACAUUUCAAAGAAGCUCACACGCUACUUAAACUGGAUAGGCGUGCCAACGAAAGAGUUCAAUGUUGGCCAGUACCGGAGGGAGUGCCUGAAAAUCUACAAAUCCUUUGAGUUUUUCCGUCCAGACAAUGAAGAAGGCCUAAAAAUCAGACGUCAGUGCGCUUUGUCAGCUCUUAAUGAUGUACGGCAGUACCUGAGCGUCGAAGGAGGACAGGUUGCGGUCUUUGAUGCCACUAAUACAACAAGAGACAGAAGAAGGACCAUCAUCAUGUUUGCUGAGCAGAAUGGAUACAGGGUAUUUUUCGUGGAGUCUGUGUGUGAAGACCCAGAGGUCAUUGCCCAAAAUAUAGUGCAAGUUAAGCUGGGAAACCCAGACUACAUUGACUGCAACUCAGAUGAGGCCAUCAAGGACUUCAUGAAGAGAAUAAAGUGUUAUGAGUCAUCCUACCAGCCUCUGGAUGAGGUUCUCGACAGGGAUCUGUCCUACAUAAAGAUAAUGGACGUGGGCCGUCGUUACCUGGUGAACCGUGUCGUUGACCACGUCCAAAGCCGAAUUGUCUACUACUUGAUGAACAUCCACAUCACACCGCGCUCCAUCUACCUCUGUCGCCACGGUGAGAGCGACCUCAACAUCAAAGGACGCAUCGGAGGAGACUCGGGCUUGUCUGACAGAGGAAAAGAGUUUGCCAAACGUCUGAGGAAUUUCCUCCAGGAGCAAAACAUCAAAAAUCUUAAAGUGUGGACGAGCCAGAUGAAGAGGACAAUCCAGACCGCGGAGAUCCUUGGAGUGUCGUACGAACAGUGGAAAUCUCUCAAUGAAAUCGACGCUGGCGUGUGUGAGGAGAUGAUGUACGAGGAAAUCCAAGAGCGUUACCCUCUGGAGUUUGCCCUGAGAGACCAAGACAAAUACCGGUACCGCUAUCCGAAAGGAGAGUCAUAUGAAGACCUGGUUCAGCGGCUGGAGCCUGUGAUCAUGGAGUUGGAGAGACAGGAGAACGUUUUGGUGAUUUGUCACCAGGCAGUCUUGCGCUGUGUUCUUGCAUAUUUCCUGGACAAGACUGCAGAUGAGUUGCCUUAUCUUAAGUGCCCUUUGCACACAGUACUGAAGUUGACACCAGUGGCUUACGGAUGUGAAGUGGAGUCUUUCUGUUUAAGCGUGGAUGCUGUAAACACACAAAGAGACAGACCAGAGGUAGGUGUCACCAGCAGCACUCAGACCUUUGACCUCACUGCAUUUUUACCCUGUGACCCACAACUCAGUCAGGAGGCUCCCUCACACUGUAUACAUAGGAACCACGACAACAAAUAAUAUUCAAUGAAACAAAUGAUACUCAGGCAACAUUAUUACAAAUGUUUAGAUUCUCUAAGCUGCGGACUCAGUGGUGUUUCACACUCUUUAGAGAAAAGAAUUCAUAUAAAAAUAGAAUUUAAAGUUUGGGUUAGUCUGUGUGCAGAUUCAGUAUAAGGUUUUAGGGUUUAGAAUAAAUUUGUGUCUGUAUGUAUUGCUGAUGCUCAUUUCACAGUACAAACAGGGGUCUGAGGGAUCUGAAUGGAGAAUCCAGAGAAUUGAUCUGUCAGUUGGCUGUAAUUUUGUAUCUGCUGAUAUCUAAUCUCAGAGCACAGGUUACCGUGGCGAUAUCCUGCUGAGAACAAGCCUAUUCAUUUAUGUCCUCUGUAAAGGAUGUUUGUUUUUGGUCUAUAUCUUUUGAUUUAUUUGAGCUAUGCUAAUAAAUCCUGACUAGGGAUGGGUAUUGAUAAGAUUUUCACGAUUCCGAUUCCAUUUUCGAUUCUGUUUAACGAUUCGA